AUGAAGUCUUUUAUUAUCAAGACAGAUGAGAGGCUGGACGCUCAUGGAGCAGCUAUCAAAAUAUUUGGCAUUGGUUUGCGAAACAUGGAGAGACAAGUGGGACAGAUUGCAACAAUAUUAUCUGAGAGAGUUCCAGGUACUCUCCCCGCUGAUACAGAAAAGAAUUCCAAAGAAAUGGUGAAUGUUGUGACCAUGAGAAGUGGGCGAGUGUUGAAAGAUCCCACCCGGAUCCAGGAUGAUGUGAUACUUGAAAAAGAAAGUGGGAAGCAACUGAAAAAUGAUGUUGAUAAAAAGAAGAAGGGCCUGAUGAAAACUGAGAAGAAAAAUAAGGAAGAAACUUUGAGAAGGGAGGAACCUGAAGAGAGCAAGUAUAUGCCUGCUUUACCUCUUCCUCAAAAGCUAUGUAGAGAAAAGCUGGACAAGCAGUUUGGGAGAUUUCUGGUUUUACUGAAACAG